CGCUCUCACUGUCACUGGAUAACUCUACUGAUAUUGUGAGUGUAUUAUUGUAAAUUUUGCGUUUAAGCGACGAAAUUGGUAUAUAUUACAUCAUUAUUUUGAACGUUUACAAAAUACAGUAAGUAAACCAUUUAUUUUAUCGUUUCUUGUGUUUUAAAGAGUCGCUUGUAGUGCAUUUUUGCUCCUUGAUUUCUUGAAUAUUAGAAUUGCAGACCGAAUAAGGAAUGCACGUUGGUAUGGCGCCACCUGUGUACGUUUUUCAACUUACUACUUUUGUGUUGACACUAUACUCUGAAUAUAAUGCGCUGUACUGUACUGUAAUAAUGUUUCUAAUUUGAAAAAUGGCGUUUAUUUGUACUGUAGAAUGCGUACUUUCGUUUUUAGUAUAUAAUUUCCGCUGUGGCCUGUGGAGGCUCCGCUACCCGAGCGCUCCUUCUUUAAAACGGGCAACGCGGCGACGACAACGGCCAAAACAAACUCCUUCAAAUAAAAGGUAGUAAAGAUAAUUCGUCGUAUAUUAUCAAUCGUAUGAAUUUAGUACAUUCUUAGAAGUUCAAGACAUGAAUUUUAUGGUUGGGAAGAGUUCUGCUAAACCCUGUUUGAAGUUGCACUUAUUGUGGUUUGGAAUGCAGCCGUUGUAUCAAUUAAGUAAGGCGUGAAAAUCUGUGAUUUGGCGUCGUAAACAGAGCGAGGACAAUGUCAACAUUAUUCAUAAAUUGUAAUUACUCAAUUCUUUUCAAUAAUUUGUUGUAUUGGUAGUCGUUGCCGUCCUAAAAUCGUAAGGUCUCUACUUUGUUAAACUGACCCGACGGGCCUCGAAGUAGAGAAAAAUAUGGCCUGCCAGUCUUAAAAUUUUUCGGCGGGUAAAUUUAGCCUGCCAUUUUUUUUUCAUUUCAAAAGUGAAGCCGGAAGUCACCGGCCGCCACCCGAUUCUGGGGCCCCACUUUUGCAUAGAUUUGUAUUUAUACAAACGGUAGUUUUUCGCGUUUUUUGCCUUGGCUACGUUUCCGAUCGGGCCAAUUUUACAAUCACAACGAUAGAAGCAUACAAGAAGAAUUUUGAGCAAAAAAUUUGGAGUAUUAUGGCUUUAUAACGUCGCGAAACGGGAUUUAUAUGUUUUGCUACUUUCAUACAAAAUAAACUCAAAAUAUACAAGAAUUAUUGUUACUGGACGAAUAUUCUCACGAAAUUUGAAGAAAUGAAGCAGCUACAUUGUGAACGAAAGCGUACAGAGGUUAGACUUUGUUUAUCAACACAAGCUCGUUUGCUACUUUCAUACGAAAUCACUUAAAAUAUACAAGAAUUACUGUUUACUGGACGAAUAUUCUCAGGAAACUUGAAGAAAUGAAGCAGCUACAUUGUGAACGAAAGCGUACUGAGGUUAGUUUUAAAAUACCUUGAGGCUACUUUUAUAAUUAUGCGAAUUUAAUAAGGAACAGUUUUAAAUGUCAAUUUUGUCAAAAGCAUUCCUAGGCGACUUGUCGAGAAGUUUUAUAUGUUUUAAAGUAGGAAGACAAGUGACAAUGAAAUAUUUUUAAUCCAAAUUAUAAACAACGACUCAAUAUGUUAUUUUAAUUCAUAUAAUUAUGGAAGUAGCCUCAAGGUAUUUUAAAACUAACCUCUGUACGCUUUCGUUCACAAUGUAGCUGCUUCAUUUCUUCAAAUUUCGUGAGAAUAUUCGUCCAGUAACAAUAAUUAUUGUAUAUUUUGAGUUUAUUUUGUAUGAAAGUAGCAAAACGAGCUCGUGUUGAUAAACAAAGUCUGAGGCUCUCCACUCCUUCAGAGUUGUAAAUCCCGUUUCGCGACGUUAUAAAGCCAUAAUACUCCAAAUUUUUUGCUCAAAAUUCUUCUUGUAUGCUUCUAUCGUUGUGAUUGUAAAAUUGGCCCGAUCGGAAACGUAGCCAGGGCAAAAAACGCGAAAAACUACCGUCUGUAAUACAAAUCUAUACAAAAGUGGGGGCCCAGAAUCGGGUGGCGGCCGGUGACUUCCGGCUUCACUUUUGUAUACUAUAGAUGCGUUAUCCAGUCUUAUUUCAGAUCAAUGCUCAAGACUCAAAUGAGUCGUAUUGUACUAAAAAUCAAUGUUUUCAUGAUAUAUAUUGCAUUUUUAUUGUUUUUAGACUAUUUUACUACAGUAAACUUGGAAUUUACAUUUUAAAUAUAAAUGUAUUUUAUAGUCUACUAAAUGAUUUAAUAUACUUUAAUUACCUCUGACUAUAAGCCCCCCCCCCCUGAAUAUAAGCCCCCGAAUAUAAGCCCACCACAUAUACUAACGCUAGCGCUCACAGUCCUUAUUCCAAAUAUAAGCCCCUCUCCUCCCGAAUAUAAGCCCCCCUCCAAAUAUAAGUCCCCCUAAUAUAAGCCCACAGGCCACUACGAUAUUCAACAUUGAUCAACUUAACAUUGACAUAAUUGUCUGUUAAUAUAAAUUACCAGAGAAUGAUAUUUAAAAACAUUGUCAUUAAUGUCUUUACAGCUUACUAUAUAAGUUAAUCACAGCAUGUGAAAAGGAAUAUAUGUUCUAAAAUAUAUUUUUGGACAUUGGCAGACUGCUAUUUAGAGCCCUGCAUGCGCUGUGUGCAUGGUUAAAGGCACAGUUCAGCCUUUUGAAUGAUGGUUUUUAAGGUGCAUUUCAGCCCUUUUAAUUAAAAAAACUAACUAGGAAAAUCAAUUAAGCAUAAUUCAAAAUCAGUAAACUUGAUGUUUUUAACAAUGCAAAUGUUUUAAAAUGUUAAAAACAUUAAGUGUUGUGAUCGCGAUCUUCAAUUUAAUGCUUAAUUGAUUUUCCUAGUUUGUUUUUUCAAUUAAAAGAGCUGAAAUGCGCCUUAAAAACCAUUGUUCAACAGGCUGAACUGCAUGUGCCUUUAAUACAAUAAAUUGUGGAAUAUAUGGUGGCUGAUAAGGGCCAUGCACCUCUACUGCACAGAAAUAUAUGUGACGCAGUGUUGCAAAGAAAUGUGACUGUGUUGCAUGGAAUUGCGAGUUUUUCCAUGGAAAUUGACAAUGUCCAUACAAAUGAUCAGUGCAUGGUGCCCAAAUUACUUUGAAUUUGUACUCGAGUAAAAGUAGAAGUAUAAUUAACAAUAAACGACUUGAGUAAGAGUAAAAAGUACUGGAGUACGUACUACAAAAUGUCCUUAAGUAAAAAGUGCAAAGUAUUAUGGGGGGGGGGGGUCCUCUCCAAUGGAUUGUCACAUACAAAAGACACACCUUGUUGAAGAUAUUAUGAAAUUCAAUUAAAUAAAUAUAAUGCUUAACCAUGAAUGAGAGAUCCCAGAUGCAAGUAGAGGUCCUAAUUACUGUACCUACAGUAUCGCAAAAUCAGGGCAUUUUUUAACUAUAUAACUACUGGAGCAUUUACUCCACUGUAGGCCUUUAAUUUGUUUGCCCCAGUAGUGCGUGAAACAAAAUUUUCAGAUGAACUGGGCCCUUUUGAUCAUAGUGAAAAGUCAACCUUGUUGAACAAGCUGCAUCUGCUUAUGAGAAUCUCAUAUGCCCUCUCCGCACAUUCUUGACAUUCCAUCUGAACGUCAAGGGUGGUGCUAAACAGGUGGGUGGUGGAUGGCUCAGUGGGUGUAAUUGGCACACACCCAGUCGUCUAAGCCCAAUCUUGUAAGGGUCAGUAAUGUAUGGCAGGAUUUUACUGUCAGGUCAUAUAUAACAUUUGUUAAUAACAUAAGAUGCCUUUAUAGCAUGUCUUGAUCACAACCAAAUUCAAACAUGGACACUCUGCAAGUACAAUGGGUGUAAUUAACAAGCCACUUAAAAUACCUUGAUCGUAGCAGCUCUGCAACUCCAUCUACGCUGAGGCUCGUAAUAGCUAGGCGAUCUGUUUGAAUUCUGUUGGACUUCAGAGAGCUAUAUAGAUCAGAUCUUUCGUAAUUACUGCUGAGAACUUGAGAGAUUAUCAAACUCUUAAAGCAUUUAAACAUAUACUUAUAGCAUCUGCUGACUAUUUAUAAUCUAUUUUAUUAUCUAGUUUAAGCAAUGAGCUAUGUCACAUAUACGACCGAACCUCCCACAACGUAAGUAAUUUGCAAGUACUGUUCACUAUCAAAUUAUAAAUACAGUGAUAUACUUAUAAUAAAAUAAAGAGCUAAAUUUUUCUGUUUAUUUUCAGUGUUGAGUGUGAUCUGGAUACAACUUAUUAUCCUCACCUCCUCUUGAUACCUGCUGUAAGUUAUUAGCCCCGCCCUUGAGAUUUCUAAGCGUCACUUUUUUUUUUCAUCAGUCUGUCAAUUUGAGUUUCAAUAUUGUGCGAGCCAGGGUGGGAGCCAUGUGCCAGAGUGCGAGCCACACGCCACUCUGUCAGUGCGAGCCACAUGCCAGAGUGCGAGCCAAGGUGCAAACCAUGCACCAGGGUGCGAGCCAUGUGCUAGAGUGCGAGCCCAAGGUGUGAACCAUGCACCAGAGUGCGAGCCAGGGUGCGAGCCAUGCGCCAGAGUGCAAGCCAUGCGAGCCACACGCCAGAGUGCGAGCCAAGGUGUGAACCAUGCGGCAGAGUGCGAGCCAUGCGUCAGAGUGUGAGCCAUUAGGUGCGAACCGUGGUCCAUGCACCAGAGUGCGAGCCAUUUAAGGUGCGAACCAUGCGCCAGAGUGCGAGCCAUAAGGUGCGAACCAUGCGCCAGAGUGCGAGCCAUUAGGUGCGAACCAUGCGCCAGAGUGCGAGCCAUUUAAGGUGCGAACCAUGCGCCAGAGUGCGAGCCAUGCGAAUCUAUAAUUAUUUAAAAUGUUUAAUGAGUGAAAUAUGUAAAGACUGUAUAUUAGUAAAAUAAUAGACAAAAUUCAGAAACAAAAUAUAAAUAUAAUCAAGAACCCAAUUUCAAUUACAGGAAUUUUAGGUGUUUUAAGAUCUAAUGGACAACGUACCUGCAUGUUAGACCAAAUUUUAACCUAAGGAAAGAGAUUAGGGAAUCAAAUACCAUUAAAGCUAAAAGGAACAUAAUGAAAUUAGCAAAAUCGCAAAAUUCGGCCGCAAAAUGUUGCAAACCCUGGUAAACACAGUCCUGCAAUUAGUUUGCAAACCUUGCAUAUGUUUGUAUUACGUGCGGAAAUUGUUAGCAUUUUCGGCAAAUACAAUAUUGUAACAGUAUUAUACAAAACAUGCAUGCAAACCCCGCAAGGCUACACCUUCCGUAUUCUACAACAUUUCGCACUAACCAAACUUUGUAUUUUCACCAGCUUAACAAGUUCUUUAUGGAAAGUUACUUUUUCACCAAGAUCAAAAAUCAGUCAAACACACAAGUUGUUUAUUGCAUGUGUGCUGGAGAUAAGAUGUACUGAGACUGAGUACCAUUUGGUCACCCUUACAAAGAUUUCCUAUAGGAAUUCCUAUAGGAAAAAUUCCUAUAAGAAUUUGGGACAAAAUUCCUAUAGGAAUUUUUCCUAUAGGAAAAAUUCCUAUAGGAAUUUUGUCCCAAAUUCUUAUAGGAAUUUUUCCUAUAGGAAUUUUUCCUAUAGGAAUUCCUAUAGGAAAAAUUCCUAUAGGAAUUUUGUCCCAAAUUCUUAUAGGAAUUUUUCCUAUAGGAAUAUUUCCUAUAGGAAUUUUAUAGGAAAAAUUCCUAUAGGAAUUUUUUCUACAGAAAUUCCUAUAAGAAUUUAAUAGGAAGAAUUCCUAUAAGAAUUCUCAAGUCUAGUCCCAAAUUAUUAUAGGAAUCUCCUAUAAGAAAAUAAUUUAUUCUAAUUUCCUAUAAGAUUUUUGGUAUUCCUGCAGAAAUUCUAGAAUCUAGAUGAAAUAAUAGUAAAUGACAGACAAUGUUGUUCAUCACUCUUAAUUUUUUAGUGCAAAAAAUAGAUAUAAAUAUUAAUAAAUACUAAUUAAUAUUGCAAAUAUAAAAAUUAAUAUGAGAAAUUGGUUAUACUAAACAUUACAAAUCAAUUAUAGUUUUCACCUAUUGUGCCAAAUUAAUCGUUCUACCUCAAUGCAAUGCCAUAUCUAACUAUUUUACUUUGUCUAAUGCCAGACUAUUUUACUCUGUCUAACUCCAGAUAAUUGUACUUGAAUGUCAAGGGGAAAUGCUGGCUCCGAAUGGGUUAACUAGCCUAUAUUCCUAUAUAUGUGUCUAGUUAACCCAUUGAAUCACAUUGCACCCUGAUGCGCCCUACUUUAUUAUUUUACUAUAGUUUACUCUGUCUAACGCCAGACGGUUUUACUCGUCAGAGCGCUGGCACUUAAUCGGCUAAACCAUAGGUAAUAACCAUAAUUGACAUUUAAAGUUAAGUUUAAAACUGGCCUCAAAACAUAGUCCUCAAAUAAGUUCUUGUUCUUGUUUGCUUUUCUGUACUUUGCAACACUUUCCCAUGUUGUUUAUAUUUGUCCUCAUAUGUUGACGAACCUCUGAGGCCUUACAUCCAUACUUUGUUGAUAGCUGUAAAAAGACAAAUACAUUUAUUUUAUGUAUACCAUUCCAAUGUGUUUUGUUAACCCAUUAAAUAUGCCCAAAUGCACCCAAUUUAUUAUUUUACUCUAAGUGGAGAGUCUAGCACUUUAAUAGAAUAAACACAGUAAAAUAACAAAGUACUAAAAGUAGGGCACAUUGCUUCUAAAUAUGCCACACAGCAGCUUUUGCAGUUAAUUAUUAACCUUUCAAUGACCAACAUUCACUUUGAUGAGUAAAAUCAUCUGAUAAAUAUCAAAGUACUGAAAGUGGGGAUUGAGUGUUAGGGUGAAUUGCAUCUAAAUGUGCUAACGCCAAAUAAUGCAAAAUAGUCUGGUAUUAACAGGGCAAAAUAUUGAGCUUUGAAAUAGAGCGCAUUAGUGUGAAUUUGUGAAUUGGGUCUUAAUGAGUUUACACAAAACACAGGGAGACAGCAAGGUAACCUAUCAAAGUUGUCCACUCUCUUUCAAGUAAAAUGAUCUGGUGUUAGACAAGGUAAAAUAAAAAAGUACUGAAAGUUGAGCACAUUCAUCUUAACAAGUUAGCAUGAAAUGUAAGCUAGCAGAGAGUCUGGUUAAUUUGAAUACCAUCACAUAGUUAUGUUUAAUUAAUAGAAAAACAUUGGAUAAUUUUCCUGGCAUUACACUAAAGCAUGUCUAAAGGCUAACAGAUUUUAAUACAUUGACUGGUGCAAGACCUCUCAAAAUGAAAAUUGUUUAAUUUAAACAAAACAUAUGAAUAAAUACUGCUGCUGAUUUGAGCAAGUAGUUAAAUUUUCUAUAGGCAUGCAUUAAAUAUGGCUGACAAUUUACAAUUAAUCUGGCAUAUACAGUUGGCACUUGGGAUAUACAAAUAUAUUAAUAAACAUGGAUAAGUCUGAUUCAAAUAUAAAACUUUUAUAGUAGCAUUUGUUGAAGUAUAAAUGCUAUAAAUAUAUUUAUAUCAGCAUUCUAAUUCCGUUUAUAUUGUCGCGGCAAAUUCAAAUUUUAUCGAACCACAUGCUCGAAUUUCACAAAUGAAGAUUGGAGGUAUUUCCUUUAUAAUUUGCUUUAUUAUAAAUAAAAUAUAAACUUAUUCUUACCUGAACAUUAUGCAAACAUCCCUGAUGUAUUACUAGUGAAAAUCCAGUUGAAUCCCAUCAAAAAUAGUUCUAUUUUGCACAUAAACCAUUGACAAACACUGACUUGAAAAAUAUCGGAGGUGUGAUGAUCUAUCCCUUGAUGCUUUGCGCGCGUGGCAAGAAAACUAGACACCAGUCUGUCAGUCGCGCACAUUGCGGUAAUUUUCAUUUAAUCUUAGAAAAUAAAUAGUCCCAGUAUUAAAUUCUCUAUUAAUAAAUGUCUAUGAGUAAAAUACGAUAUAGGAAUAGUGUAGUUGUAUAAGAAAUUAAAAUUCCUAUAAGAAUUCUUAUAGGAUAUGAUAAUGGUGAAAAAAUUCGUAUAAGAAAUAAAAAUUCCUGUAGGAAGGAGUAAUUUCGUAAAUUAUAUUUAUCUGUAUAAUUUUUUAUAUAAGUAAAGUUCUUAUACCCAUGCAUGAUCAGGCCAUAGUGGUAUAGGCUAUGAAUUUUUCCCACCAUUUUCCAAUCCUAUAAGAAUUCCAAAAGGAAUUUUUAUUUCCUAUAGUAUUUGUUUUUCACCAUUUUCAAAUCCUAUAGGAAUUUUCAUUUCCUAUAGGAAUUCCUAUAGCCAUUUUCCAAUCCUAUAGGAAUUCCUAUAGGAAUAUUUUUUCCUAUAGGAACUUUUUCACCAUUUUCAAUUCCUAUAGGAAUUCCUAUAGGAAUUUUAAAUGCCUAUAGGAAUUCCUAUAAGAAAUUUUAAUUCCUAUAGGAAUUCCUAUAGGAAUUUUCAAUGCCUAUAGGAAUUCCUAUAGGAAAUUUCAAUUCCUAUAGGAAAUUUCAAUUCUUAUAGGAAUUCCUAUAGGAAUAUUUUUUACCAUUUUCAAUUCCUAUAGGUAUUCCUAUAGGAAUUUUCAAUUCAUAUAGGAAUUCCUAUAGGAAUUUUCAAUUCCUAUAGGAAUUCCUAUAGGAAUUUUGAUUUCCUAUAGGAAUUCCUAUAGGAAAUUUAUUAAGACCAAUUUCUUAUAUUUAUUUAUCGCACAUGGCUCGCAUACAUCACAUGGCUCGCACCGAUCUGUGGUGGCUCACAACAUCGGCAUGGCUCACUGGCUCGCACUUUGGUAAAAAACAUGUUGUCUAAUAUUUACCAUUAUUAAUGGUAGUUUUCUGGUAAAAUAUUAAAUAAAUUAUUGUAUUUUAUUAAAAAUGGCUUUUCAAAAUUCACUAUUCUGAUUGAUUGACAAGUGGGCCGUAGAAACCCAUUUCUGGAAUGUGGUCCGUAUUUUCCGUAUCUGGACCGGUGUCCCGGAUGUAUUGUUUACCUGGCGGAAAAUUUUUGCUUUGCUGAAACAGAAAAAAUUCCAAUUGUGUGUCAUUAAAAUUUCAACAGAUAAAAAUUUCAAACAACAAAAUUGUUUUUGAUUGAGCAUGCAAUUACCAUAUAUUGUUACCUAGGAAACAGUGGCAAUAAUUAAUUAGCCGAUUUAAUUUGCGCAAUUAAAUUGCUCACAGACUCAGUUCAGCCAUAUAAUAAACCAAUUACUGACCUUGCUUGUUCAGUCUGUACUGUGAAAUAUCAGACCUCCGUUUUUUGCAUCUCCUUCGUUGCUCGGUCCAUUCUAAAAACCUCGGACUGAUAUUUCACAGUACAGACCUCACGCUCAGUCAAUAAGCCGUUAGUAUAUGUUGCAUUGCAUGCGCUUGUAUGUAAUUUAUACCGUAACUAAAUAAAUGGACGAUCUAUUUCAGGGGAUAAUUAUCACCAUAUUGUCAUUUUUACAACAAAGAAGAAGUUUUAAGAAAGAAGUUUGCGGAGGUCGGCCUGGACUUGUUGUGUGAGUAUAUAGUCAGACCUGUCAAGUUUUGAAAAAUUUUAUGCAGGAAGGUAAUUUCCUUAGGUUAGUGGCCACGAGGUGCAACCAUAGUUGGCGUGCCCUGAGUGCAUGGGGGAAAUUUUGAAAUUUGAGUUCCCCAGAUCGCCAGAAAUUAGCCUUUCCAAGGUUUCACAAACCUUAUGUGUUCAUGCUAUAAACAGAUGAAAUGUUAAUUAGCAUCGCUUCUCUUACCCAAACUGCAAAAAAUAGCGCUCCUCAGGCUCAGGAGUCUCCCAGCUUUUUGUCGCUUUUUGAUAACGGAAUGAGAUACACAUUUUCAAGACUUCUGGAUGCUGUCGUUGGCAAAUAGAAUGCAUUGGGCAUAAAUGUGCAAAUGAAAAGAAAUGCAUGGGAGUAAUUGCCCCACAAAGCAACCAGAAAGCGAACAAAAAUGUGGGAAUUUCACGAUAAUUGCGGGAAACUUGGAAGGUCCGUAUUAUAAUAUAAAGUUAAUAUAAACAUUCCUGUGACAUUUGUCAGUGUCUUUCCAUUCUUCUGAGUUCAGUUUUUUAGACAUGCAGUUUAAUAAUCCAUUAAUGAGCAAUCGACCGCACAAAACUCUCCAAUUGAAGAGUAAAAUCAUCCAGCAUUUGGCAGUAAAAUAAUAAAGUGGGGUAUAUUGCUGCAUAAUAAGAGUUAAUGCAUUAAUUAUGAGGAGCAUAAUGUUAAUUGUCUGUAGCUAUAGAUAGAGUAAAAUAAUAAAGUAGCUAGGGCGCAUUAAUUGGAGGCAAUUAAUGCAACCCAAUGACGCGUGUUAACUUAAGACACCAAGAUGAGGUGGGUAACCAAUAACUGGAACUAAACAAUGUUUUUGUGAACACCAAUAGACCACUUGCAUGUUAGACAAAUUUUUGAUCUUGGCAAAAAAAAAGUAAAUUCCCGUAAAGAACUAAUAUUAAAAUUAGUAAAAUUGCAAAAUUUGGUUACGAAAUGUUGUUAAAUAUGGAAAAUAUAGCCUUGCAAAGUUUGCAUAGUUUGUUUGUUUGUGUUACGAACGGAAGUUGUUACCAUUUUUGAGCCAAAAAUAUCUAACGCCAGACCAAUAUCUUGCUCUAAUGCCAAAUAAUUUUACUCAUCAAGGACAAGAGUGUUGUGCUCAAUGAGUUAAUUAAAUUGCAUCCUGUGCAUGCAGGCCUAUAGAUUUCCUUGGCAUGGAUCAUGACCGCCUGGCCAUCGUGUGUGUAUUUGGAGCUGCUACUGCAUCAAUCCUGUUUCUGAUCCUUCAAAGCAUUUCAGGAUAUAGCAAUGCUUGGGGAAAAGGUAGGAAUGAGUUUUUUAUUUAUUAUCCAAUUUCUAACCAUUGGUUAACAGAUGUGUUAUAGCUAAUCGUUUUCAUGCGCGGCAGAUGUGGUAUAGAUGUGUGUUUACAUUCUGGGGUUUAUACCAGGCUUUUAGCCAGAACGGCGUCCUGGGACGCCCCUAGAACCAAAAAUGGACGCCUUUGGACGCCCAAAUUCUGGGGAAAAGGGAAAUUAUUUUCAAAGAUUUCCCUAAGGCUGGGAUUACACUAUACCGGAUUGAUUUUCAUACCGGAUCAAUUUUCACACCGAAGCCAAAAUCAAGGGUGUUUACACUAUGCCGCUUCGCUCUGUUUCCAGCUCGUAUCUUUUAUCGUUGCCACGGAAACAUAUAAUAAGUUUUGACUAUUUUGGACGUUUUCUCGACAGUACUUGUGAAUUAUAACUUUGUUUACAAGGCUUGACCGCCCGACGUUGCUUUGUCUCGCUCUUAUCGAAAAUUAACGAGUAUUUCAUUAAAAUUUUGCCCUCAGUUUGAAAGCAAGAAGUCAGUGUUAUUACCGCUAUCUUUAUUUGUCUUCGCUAGAAAUAAUAAAUAAUUGUAAAGCGAAGCAAACAACAGCUAUAAAAUAUUUAAAAGCGAGUAAAUAAAACGACAAUGUUAAAAUAUACUUGCCGAAACCUAUUUAUAGUACCGGAGCGUACCGGUGUCACAGGAAAUUUGGCCCCCCCGAAAAUUUGGCCCCCCCGGGCCAAAUUUCCUAGGAAAUUUGGCCCCCCCGGGCCAUAUUUCCUAGGAAAUAUGGCCCCCUCUUCGGAAAUUUGGCCCCCCCUUAAAAAAUAUAGUUUGUUUCAGAUCUUUAGGCUCGGAAAUCGUUAGGCCUCUACUAAAACAAAUUUCUAGAAAUUUUUCUCAACAUUUAUAGUCAGUUUGCGUAAUUUUUUGUGUCAAAAUUCUCUAUUGAAUUGCAAUACUGACGAGAAUCUAGGCCAAGAGCUAAAGUUUAGCGUACUUUUCGCGUUUGGUUUUGACCAGCUUCAUAGAAGAUAACGUUAAUAAGGCAUGUGAACAACAUAAUAACAACGUUAACAUUAAAGCAAUACUUUUUCUUGUAAACAAACGAAGAAAAACACUAAAAUCGCAAGUAUUUGUGUUGCUUGACUGAAAUGUAGCAUACGCUAAUUAUGGAACGGCUACAGUAAUUUCAUCUCGGCAAGGGGACGAAAUAUUCCAUAUGAACGUACGGAAAUAUUCGUCUCGGUAGGCAAGACCUCUCGGUAAGUGGGACAUAUGAACAGCUCCUAAAUAAUGGCUGUAUCAUUAAGCUAUUGAAACGGAACGUCAUUUAAACUUUUGUGCUUUUGUGUGUGCGGAAUAUUUUUGUGAGCGAUGAAGCAUACAGAAUGCUUCUGUAAUGCAUCCCAACCAUACGAGCAAUUAUAUAUACUGUGUAUAUGAAAGAAAAAAACCCAUAGGAAAAUGUUUUUUUACGAAGUAACCACUCAUUUGAUUCUGUUUUUCGAACAAACGUUUUCACUUAAAAGUCUACUUUUACCGCUAAUUACUCCCUGUUAUUUAUUAGACGCGUGCAUAUUAACAUAUUCGCCAACGCAUGAUGUCAUCGUUUGCUAAAGUGCGGUUGUUAUUCUGACUAAUUUUAUACUAUGUGACUGAAUUUAUAGAUCUAAAUAACUCGUAAUAUCUUAGAAAUUCUUAUCUCUAAAAUCGUUUUGUGUUCUUAGUUACAGUUAAGCCAUCGUGCAUUAACGUUGUCCUCUACAGAUACCCAUGUGUGAUGCGUCUGGCAUGACUGCACUAACACAUAUUAUGCUUUCCUUCAAACUUUUAGCUCUUGGCCGCAAUGAAGAAUUUCGACACAAAUAAAUUAUGCAAACUAACUAUAAAUACUGACAAACAUUUUUAGGAUCUUUGUUUAAGAAGAAACUUCACGAUUUCCGAGCUUAUAGCGACAAAGUAAACUAUGUUUUCGAGGGGGCCAAAUUUCCGAAGGGGAGGCCAUAUUUCCUAGGAAAUAUGGCCCCCAGGGGGGCCAAAUUUCCUAGGAAAUUUGGCCCGGGGGGGCCAAAUUUUUGGGGGGCCAAAUUUCCUGGGACACUGGAUUGCCUGAUUACACUUGGUUUUAUCCGAAUAUCCGGUACAGCACGUACCGGAUUACUUUUCAUAUCACCUCCAAAGCGAAGUGAUUUUCGCGCCGCGGCACGUACCGGAUUACAGUGGCGUAGUGUAAACAAGAGGCCAAUCCGGUACAGAAAUCGCGUCGCUUCGAUGCAAUCCGGUAUAGUGUAAUCGGGGCCUAAGUGUCCUAAGUAUAUUUAACAAAUAUAAAACAUUUUCCGUGUUGAUAUACAGCUGUUAUAUCAACACGAGUAGAAAUUGGGAAAACGAGAAAUUGUGUGGAAACACGACGCCCGAACAUUGAACUAUAAAUAAACUGGAAGGCUAAGCCCGAACGACGGAGUGUUUUCACACAAUUUCGAGUUUUCCCAAUUUCCACGAGUGUUUUAUAAUAUAGCGCAAAGAAACAUAAAGAAAGAAAUUUCCCAAUUGUUUUAUAAUAUAGCACAAAGAAACAUAAAGAAAGAAAUUUCCCGACCUUUCCGUGUUGACAUUGAGUUAUAUCAACACGGCUCUUAGCCAAUCAGCGUUCAGAAUUUACAAAUGCUAUAUUAUAAUAAUAUAUCUGAAACGAAAUAGCUUCAAUUUUCAUUACUACUAUACAUUUGACAUUUUGAUCAAUUUGAUGGAGUACCUGGCCGAAUGAAAAUGUCGUAGUUUAAAUAAGUAAAGAAGCAUAGCGGCAAAAACUCAUAAAGCCAAGUGUGUUCGAAAAAUUUCGAACGAGCUUGGAACAGAUACCUACACGAAGUAACGUAAACUUUUAAAGGUUUUCCAAGAAACGUUUUCUCAAACCCUCUCCCAUUUACUGUAGAUGUAUCGUUAUAUCAAAAUUGGACGCCCUCUUUCAGGACCCUGGCUAAAAGCCUGGUUUAUACAGUGUCUCAAUGAAGGAGGAUCCUAAAAAGCAUGACUCAUAUUUUACAUAACUGUACAUGACUUUGGAGUUUCUGCUCACUGAACCGCAUCUACACAUUUAGUAUGUCCAUUGAUUGACGUAUCAUAUGGUUAGGCGUUGUCUUCGAAACUAACUUAUUUGCUUAGAAAUGCGUGGCUAGUAUAUUUACUAACUCAUGCAUGGCUUAAACUAGAUGUUCAAUCUACAGGAAAAUUAUUUCAUUUAUAUACAGUAUAAUGAAUAUAACUUUACAAUACUUCAUAAUUGUCUUCCAUAUGUAUAUGUGAGACUUUUGCACGUUUUAUCUCAUGCAAUUCUUGUUUGACCAUGCAUGUACACUUUAUUCGAGGUUAAGUUUAUCUGCCAGCAUUUCUCAUUGGAACCUGAAAAAAAAUAUCCAGUUAUCAUGUAGCAAUUCAUAUGGGAACCUGUCUCGGAAUUACUUUUUAAAAAUUCUAUUAACCGAUUGACUUCCUUUGACAAGUAAAAUCAUCUGGCGUUAGACAGUAAAAUAAUGAAGUAGGGCGCAUUAGGGCGCAAUGCAACUCAAUGGGUUGAUCUUUCUUCUAUAGCAUUCCUUAUCAUUGGAACCUGUAUUGAAAUUGCUUUCCUCUAUUAUCCCUACUUUGGAUGUUUGACGUCACAUCACAGAAUAAUUGGCGCUUUGAUGGGACUUCCAUAUGCAGUAGUCUGGUAAGUAGGAAUGAACUCGUGCUGUAAUAAGAAUCUUCCUUAACGAGCGGACAUUAGAAAAGUGAUGAGAUGGAAAAAAGUGUGUGUGUGUGGGGGUGGAAGCGAGUUGCCAGGUACCCUGGCCUGGGACUUCCGCUUUCCCGAGACAAAUUACACUUGUGUUUAUAAGAGAGGGUUGUAGUUUUGUUCAACCUACUUUUCACUCAAGUGCUCCGAACUUAUUUCCGAAGUGCGUUAAUUUGUUGGAAAAUUCAAAAGUUCAUAGUUGAACAUGUAGCAUGAUUCAGGUGAGGUAUAGGACGUCUGCUGCAUGUGUGUGUUUGUAGAAUGCAAACACAUACAGUAGUUCCAGCUCGCUGAUUACACUGGGAAUUUUUUCAAAAUCCUUACUCUGGAAAUAGUACUAUGUACUAUGGAAAUUGAAUAAUUCCAUAGUAUGGAUUUCGCUAUUUUUUCCAGUGUUAGACUAAUACGUUUUAGAAAAAUAUGUUUUGUUUACUGUACCUCAAAAACUAAGUAUACCUCGAGUCUCAGGUUUCAACCAGCUCAAGUAUGGGGGCAAUGAUCGAGUACCAGUAAAGUGCAAAUAAGAAUCUCCGCAUUCUGCAUAUUGCCAUAUAGCAAAUGAUUAGAAUGCUUAUUAUUAAAAUUGUUUUACCUUAUUGUAGCUUUAUUCUGUACUUGACUGGAGCUUUUCAAAAGUGUAAUGUAAGUUUAUUUGAACAUAAAAUCUAUAUUACAUGAAUGAUGAAGUGGCUCUGUUAAAAGUACCCUCUACUAACGAAACAGUUGAGCGAAAAGCAGCCUGCUUUUAGCCCGAACUUUCGAAUGCGGAAAUAACGGUCUGCUGAACUGGAAGCCUAAUUGACAAUUGUGUACCGUGACGUACAAUUUAAACUCUUCGACACGUAUAAACCUGAAACUCGCUGGAGUUUUUAAGCCAGUAGAUAUCUACAAUGUAAAGUGACAAAGUUUCAAAAGUGAAGAUCGUGGGCAAAGACCUCGGCAGAUAGUUUGGCCUGUCUUCUCAUGGCGAGUAAAAUCGUAGAAAACCGCAGUACAUGUACCCGGAGAAAACUUGCGGAGAAGCCAUUGACUUUCCAUAUAUUUCCACGUAAGUGGAAAGGCGCUUAUUUUGGUGCCUUCGCGAUUGGCUUUAUAGCAUGUCAACAUAUAAUUACAGAAUAGGAACCAUACAGAAGGCCGACUUCUUUGCUUUGCUUACGAUUUUGGCGUAACCAUUGCAAUGCUGUCGCCAUCUCUUUAGCCAGUGCGCUUAUGAGCGGCAUUCAGCUCCGAAAAAUUAAAAAAAGGCGGACGCUCAGGCAAGUGAAUGCUUUUCACAAGCGCACUCACUAGAAAGCAGUGCUAGGAACAUGGCGAAAGCAUUUUGGAUACGAAACAUGGCGCUUCGGCAGCUGCGUUCUCUUGGCUGAGUCUCGGGCUGAGUUGACCUGUUUGUCUCUAUUCUGUGAUAUAAUCGCUUUGACUGCCUUUUUUUCCCAUUAUUAGAACUACGUGACAAGUGUAUAUGUUGUGAAUGCAUUCGUUGAGAUACCAUCGAUAUUAUGCAAUUUGUUUAUUAUGGGGAAGUUUAUACUUGUACUUUAUAAGGAAAUUAAGGAAAAUGGAACAUUCAAAGUGAAAUUCUUUUUUCAUAAUGUAAGUUAUGGUUUUUUCGACCCGAGAUUGCACAUAAGAAUGGCCAUAUCGUUCAAUAUUCAUUGCAUAGCAUCAAUAGUUUUUGUGCCUUUUUUGUUUUUCUUUGUUUUGGUGUAUUUAAAAUAUAUUGGCCUUUGCACAUGCUCAAAUUGUAAGUUUAAUCUUAAAAUGCCUUUAUCUUUGCUCGGGUUUCGUAAUACAGUCGAACCUCUAUUAAGCGGCCACCCUCGGGGAUCGGUUUUGUGGCCGCUUAAUAGAGAUGGCCGCUAAAUAGAGGUACGCAAAUAAUAGACCCAGUCCCUGGGCGUAGUCAAAUGUCUAUUUUUAAUUAUAAAUCACAGAAUAAAAUAGUGAUUUUAUCUUUAAUUUUCAGUUUUAUUUACUAUAACAUUUUUUCACAGGCAUACAUUGUGCCAACAACACGAGGCCAUCACACUAUCAUAUUUCACGCUAAACCUUUUGAACAAACAUUUAGGAACUAUAGUGGCAUAAAUUUAUUACUAGGAGACCAAUAUGCAUGGUUCUAUUACCUAUAUCUAAACCUAAAAAUCCUGCAGGCUGGCCGCUUAAUAGAGGUAAAAAUUGACAUAAAACAUCAUUUGGGACCGCUCCUUGGGUGGCCGCGGCCGCUUAAUAGAGGUGGCCGUUCAAUAGAGGGAUAGUUUGUAGUAUUUGUAUUUGUAUUACAAAAAUUUCGGGACAUGGACCUAUUCCCCAUGAACAAAAUUUUGAUCUAGACAAGUCUAGACAAAAAUUUCAUCAUAGCUUGAAAGAGCAUCACAAAAUUAGUAAUAUUCCAAAGUUUCGUUGCGAAUUGUUGUAAAAUGCGGAUAAUAUAGCCCUGUGAAGUUUGCCGUUUUUCAGUCAUUUUGUAUUACGCACGGGAAAUUUAUACCGCUUUCUGAAAGAAGGUAUCAAUUUCCCAUGCGUAAUACAAAAUGACUGAAAAACGGCAAACUUCGCAGGCCUAUAUUAUCCGCAUUUUACAACAUUUCGCAACAAAACUUCGGAAUAUUAGUUGAAGAAUUAUCAAGCCCGAAGUUUGUGUUAUCAACCAAAGCCUGAUUCUUCUUUUAAAUAAAGAGUAAUAUCACUUGAAUGGUAACCGUAUGCUUGUAUUUAGGAUGAUCAGUCAGGUGUGCAAGUGAAGUUGGUCAGACCUUGGUUAAAAGAUUACGUUAAGGACCUUAUGAAAUCAAAGUAAGAACGUGGAUAAUAGAAAUUAGUGAAAUGAAUAUAACUGGAACGCUACCUUCAACCAGAAACUUGAAGGCCAGUCCCAGUCUUCUCACGCAUGCGAAGAGCGCGGUCAAACCGUCAACAUAAACAUGUAUUUUUGAAAAUCGGUUUAAAAUUUAUAAUAAUUAUUUUUACUGUAACAGCGCUCAAAGCUUGUUAUUAAUGUAUUUAUUUAGGUAAAACUUUUUAGUAGACUUUGUAUUGUAUUCUCGCUUAACCGAUAGCAAUAUCUUUUGCCCAAGUUAUCCAUACGCGAAUUCAACAAAUAGUUUUUCUUACGCCAAGCGUCCAGGCCUUCUCCGCCAUAUUUUAGUGACAUUGGCAAGCUGCGCAACAACAAAAGAUGAGUUGAUUUGGGAAAAAGACUGUUCACACCGUCUACCUCAAGACGAUCUCUUGCCAGUGGGACAUGCAGUCUUUGAACAGAAGAGACUUUAAAACUUGGUCACUGCUAAUCAGAUAUUUUACCUCAUUUAUAGACCUCUCCGCAGAUAUUCAACAAUAGAGUUCUAUCUGAGGAAAAUUUACAAUCCCGAAAAAAGUAAGUUCUUCAGACG